UGCAAAAAUUUGGACUUAGGAAAGGGGAGCAAGAAGGGCUGAACCUGUACGCGAGAGAGCCCUCGCGCACUUUAAACCCUCACGGACUUAACGGGAACGCGCUUAAACACGCUGUGAGCAUCUAAUCAAUAAUUGUCCCGUUAGUGGCGUUACAGUUAAGUCACAGUGAUGACUUCAACAACCAUGAAACUUCUUCCUCUCGCGUGUCUCUGUCUCCUGACUCGGUCUGGAACAACGUUUGCUGAUGAACACGGGUCAGUGAUUAUCAUCAUGAAAGAAGACAGGGAUGUUAUUUUACCCUGUUCCUUCAGCACCAAGGACAACAUUGAGAACAAACUCUUUGAGUGGAGGAAAGAUGGUCAGAAUAGCGUGUUCAGAUAUGAUGCAGGCCUUCAUUCUAAUAACGGCCAUCCGGGUCAAUAUGAGCAGUUCAAAGGUCGUGUCUCCUAUUUUGAAGAUGAACGGAAGUACGGCAAUAUCUCCAUCAUCAUCAGAAAUACGACGGUGGCCGACAGUGGAAACUACACCUGUUAUAGUCCACGUUUUAUGCCACAACCGGUCCACAUUCAGCUUGUUUUUGGGCCAGUGAUCGUGAAAGAAGGCAGUGAUGCUAUUUUACCCUGUUCCUACAGCACCAAGGACGCUGUGGAGAAACACUUUAACUGGAAGAAAGAUGGUCAAAAGGUGGUGUUCAUGUAUGUUAGAAGCUUUCCUUUCGGCUUUCCAAAUCAAGAUGAGCAGUUUGAAGGUCGCGUCUCACAUUUUCCCAAUCUGAAGUACGGCAACGCCUCCAUCCUCAUCAGCAAUACGAAGGUGACUGACAGUGGCAUCUACACCUGUGAUUUUCCACUUUGGCCAAGACAACUAGUCCACGUUCAGCUUGUUGUUGAUGCAGCUCCAAGGCCAUACAUCACAAAACUCAAUGAAACAGAGGACUCUGUGCUACUGGAGUGUGUUUUCCAAGGUAAUUCUUCAAAACCUACAGUAGAGUGGCAGGACCGUUCUGGAAACAUCCUUCCAGCUGAGACACAGGUCUCAGAAAGAGGAGGCAGCUUCAACAUCACCCUCCAAACUUCUGUGACCAAGACCGACGGCUAUCGCUGUGUCACCAUACAGGAGGAAUUCAAACAUCCGAUUUAUUCUGAGAUCUACGUGCCAUUCAUUGAGUCAGUGAUCGUGAAAGAAGGCAGUGACGCUAUGUUACCCUGUUCCCACAGCAGCAAGGAGGACAUUGGGCAGAAUCUCUUUGAGUGGACAAAAGAUGGUCAGAAGUGGGUGUUUAUUUAUAAUGGAGGCAUUCAUUUUAAUAACGGCUUUCCAGGUCAACUUGAGCAGUUCAAAGGUCGCGUCUCACAUUUUCAAGAUGAACUGAAGUUCGGCAACGCCUCCAUCAUCAUCAGAAAUACGACGGUGGCCGACAGUGGAAACUACACCUGUGUUCUUCCAAUUCUUAGGCCACAACCUGUCCACAUUCAGCUUGUUGUUGGUGCAGCUCCAGAGCCAUACGUCACAAUACUCAAUGAAACCCAGGACUCUGCGCUGCUGCAGUGUGAAGUUCGAGGUGCUCCAAAACCUACAGUAGAGUGGCAGGACAGUGCUGGAAACAAACUUCCUGCUGAGGAGACACAGGUCUCAGAAAGAGGAGGCAGCUUCUACAUCAUCCUCCAAACUACUGUGACCAAGAGCGACAACUAUCGCUGUGUAGCCACACAGGAGGAGAUCAAACAUCAGAUUUAUACUGAGAUCCACGUGCUGUUCAAUGAGCCCCCCACUCGAUGGGUGUUUGCUGCAGUUCUUGUUACUCCUCUAGUUGUCUGUGUUCUUCUAGCGCCUUUUAUUUACAGGUUGCAUCAAACUCAAUGAUGAGAAUGGUUCACAGAUUGACUAUGAUCGGUGUAUUGACGAAUAUAAAGGGCGGACUUGACUUAUAGAAGACUUUGUACUUUGGGGUACACCUGGACAAUCUAAUGGAUCCAAUACAACUGUUCUGCGAUAAAGUCUUCUGUUAUGAUGCCUAUAAUCAGUUUUGUCUUUGUUUCUUGAAAAUGUCAUAGAGGUGUUGAUUCAAUUAAAUGUUUUAGCGUUGAG